AUGUGUGCCGUUGCUUUCUUCUACAACUUUUCCACUAAUCUUUUAGAAACAGCUAAUGCAAGUGGUAUGUCGGCAGCGGCUUCAUACCUGGAUAGGGAAAAGUCUUUCUUCGCUACUGGGUUCAAGUCUAUGGAUCUUAUUUGUACGUCAAUUGCAACGUGCAUAAUUAUCAUUUCUCCUAUCUCACUUCUUCCAGAUAAGUUUGGCAUUGCUGCAUUUGCCGCUGUGCCAUUGACAGUCAGCCUUUGCUCAUCUCUUGUUGAGUUCUGGUUCUCAAUUACUAACUUCCCUGCCACAGGAUCAGACAAUAUGUGGCCUUUCCAUUGGUACAAUGCUGUUAACAAAUAUCCUUAUGAAGAAGCAAUUGCUGGUACUGCCAUUCAAUCUUUCAUGAAAGUAGCCAAGUACGCCUUCUUCGAUAUUGUUAAGGAACUUGUUGCUAUGAAGAUUGAUCCUAGCAUCAGGCCUCUUUUUAAGGGUGUAUUUGAUGGCUCAAUUACUAAGCUUGGUAAGUCCAUUGGUUCAUUCUACGGCAUUAUCAUGUUUGCAAUCACUGGAGCACAAGAUUCUCGUUAUUACUUCGGUGUAACAACAUUGGUGAUUGUAUUCUUCUGUUCUAUCUGGGUGCUGCCCAUUAGAUAUUUAAGUAAGUCAUACAGCGAGGCUAAGAAAUCGGGCACUUACAUGGACCCAGGCCUUUCUAAUCCGGAUAUUAAACUUUAA